AUGGUUUCGGAGGACCUUGGAUCAGAUCUACUCAUGGAAGACCCAGCUCCCUUCAAUCCUAAGUCUACGAUUGAGGUUUCUCUAGAGGAGUACGAAGACUGGUGCAAGCCCUGUAAACUCUCUUUAAUUGUGAAGCCUCUUGAUAAUGUUCUCAAUCUUCAAGCACUUGACAGAUGGGUGCAGAGACGAUGGGUCAAAAAAGGAUCCAUAAGGGUCAUGGAUCUCGAAGGAAAAUUUUUCUUGGUCAGAUUCACAGAUCAAGAUGACUAUUCCCAUGCACUUUUUGAAGGUCCUUGGAUGAUAGCUGACCAUUAUCUCCUUGUUCAGAGAUGGAGACCUCUAUUCAUUUCUCAAGAGAUGGAUGUCCAGAAGGUCGCGGUAUGGAUUCGAAUCCCUAACCUCCCAGCUGAAUUAUAUAAUAAGUAUUUUCUUUGGAAAGUGGGGAAGGCUCUAGGCACUAUGCUCAAGGUGGAUGAUUUAACAUCUAUCCACUCUAGAGGAAGGUUCGCAAGAAUAUGUGUUGAAAUCGAUUUAAGGAAAAAAAUUAUUCCAACCUUUACAGCCCUUGGCAAAGACUUUAACAUUGUAUAUGAAGGUCUACAUCAAAUUUGCUUUAGCUGUGGUCGAUAUGACCAUAGAAUGGAAAACUGCCAUGACAAGGUAGCCGGAACCACCAGUAUCGGCAGACCUAAAGCGGCUGAGGGCAGUAAAACUAGUCAUGAAGAACCCAGCAGCAACGGUCAGGAAUCAAAUCAGGGAGUACGAGAUUUGCAACAGGAUCCAAAAAGGAAAGAUAUUCCUAUUGCGAUUAAUCAGAAAACUAUCACGCUCACGUCUCAGGAAGCGCAACUAAAUGAGAAGGAUUUGCUAAAUCACACUACUAAUCUGGAGGAAAUCAGCGUAAAUCAAGGAAAUAAUCUGUAUGGCCAAUGGAUGAUUGUGAAGAAAAAUCAAAGAAAGACGUAG